CAGCAGCGCGCUGCAGGAAGCGGAACGCGGCCGAUCGGAGCCGGAGGGCCGGGGUGUUUAUUUGUGCUCUGUUAGCGUCACUAUGAGUGCGGACGGUAAUGACAGUGACCUGGAGGUGGAGAGGAUAAUGGAGCGUCCUCCCAGCAGCUAUGGCUCCAUGAGGAGUGACGACUGCGAGGAUGAAGAAGAAGAGCUUGAUGAUUGUCCACAGCCCACCGCUCACGUCAGCCUGGCCCCACCGACCAGACCUUCAGUGAUCAGGCUGACCCGCCCCGACUCUCCAGAGACCGGAAUCACGGCGCUCACUCAGGGACAGCAGUCCAGCGUCCACAAAGAGGGAGCAUUCAUCAGUCAGCUGGGGCGUGAGCAGCAGAUGCCAUGGGGUGUGGCUGAUGCGUUUGAGGAAUAUGGCCUCCCGAGAGAGAGGCGGAGGAGGGUGGGGUCUCAAGUGAGGAUGGAGGUGACGCCCACGGAGCCCCAGCAUUCUCUGCAGCCCCUGCAGAAUCUCCGCCCACCACCGGAGGGUGUCGGCCUGCAAUCAGGAUUCGUCCACGUCACUCUGACGCUGCCGUUUGUGUUCAAGGCAAUGCAGCAGAGUCUGUCUAAGCUGAAUCACGCGGAGCUGGUGUGGUUUAAGCGCAGUCUGUGCAGUCAGUACAAGAACAAGUUUGAGUUGUCCCAGCUGGAGGAGUGCGAUGUGCUAGACGUCGUUGACCGGCUGUUGGAGCGAGGCGGGAAAGGAGAGGCGCUGCACAUGGCCAUCCGCACGCUACAGGACAUCAAUAAACGGCCCAUCGCUGACGAGCUGGAGAGUCGCUGCAAGAGAGUCGUGGUCCAGUAUCAUUUGAGGAACAACCACACAAGGCGAUAUUAUAACUUGUACGAGGGUACCUGUCGGCCUGGUCAGCAGCGCUUUGUGAGCGACGUCUACGCAGAGCCACCCAUAUACAUCAGUGGGGACUGGGACAUCAACACGGAGCACGAGGUCCACAGGCCCAACUUCCCCAGCAACCAGGGAACCCCCAUCCGAGCUAAUGACAUCUUCCGUCCUAUGGAGGGUGAAGCGCAAGUCCGGACCGUCCUGAUGACAGGAGUUCCAGCCAUCGGGCUGACCGUGGGGGUGCAGAAGUUCAUCAUGGACUGGACAGACGAGCAUGCUAACCAGGACUUUCAGUUUGUCUUCUCUCUACCUGGCCGAGAGUUGCACUUGGUCAAAGACACAGAACAGAGCUUCUUGGAGAUGCUCACAAGCUUCUACCCAGAGACAAAGAAUGUUGACUUUUUGGGUAAUGAGGACUGCACCAUCCUUUUUAUUAUUGAUGCUUUAGAGCUUUGCAAACAACCCCUGAACUUCAAGGUCAAUCCGGAUAUCAGUGACCUGACGGUGAAAGCGCAUGCGGAUGCCCUCUUGACCAGCUUGAUCAAGGGUACCCUGCUGCCUCAAGCUAGGAUAUGGAUCACCUGUCACCGGGUUGCAGCCAGCAAGAUCCCUUCUCAGUAUGUCAGCAGGUUCAUGGACCUGAAAGGAUUUACUGACGCAAAGAAGGAUGAGUACUUCACCAAGAGGACCAAAGAUCCGGCACUGGGUGUCCGGGUGCUUGAGCAUAUCAAGCGCUCUCCGGCCCUGUACAACAUCUGCCAGUUGCCUCUUCUUUGCUGGAUAGUGGCCUUCAUUUAUGAAAGGCGCUUCCAUAGUCCGGACUACACAGAACAUCCACCGGCAAUCACCACCUUCUACACUCAGUAUGUGAUUGUGCAGACGAAUCGCAAGAUCGAGCGCUAUGUUGGGACGGGCUUGGAAGCAUCCCGCUGGAAGGAUAAAGACAAGGAUUUUCUGACCUCUAUGGGCAAACUCGCACUGAAGAUGGUGCUGGAGGCCAGAGACGUUUUCUACGAGGAUGAGGUGUCCGAUCUAGGGUUGGACCUGGAUGACGUGACCAAUCGGGGUGGAAUUUCUACCGAAGUCAGGCGAGCAGGCGGGUACACACGAGGUGAGCGGGGCUUCAGCUUUGUUCACUACAGUGUGCAGGAGUUCAUGGCAGCCAUGUACACGUAUGUGACGUUCCGGGUCAAGGGUAAGAAUGUCUUCGAGCAGCAGAUCAAAAACAAGAUGGCCAAGCUGAUGAAGGACAGACCCGUCUGCGACCUCUACAAGCUGGCCGUGGACCGAGCCCUGGCCAGCCGCAACGGGCAUCUGGACAUGUUCCUGCGCUUCCUGUUUGGCUUCGCCACACCUGGGACAGAGGCACACCUGCGUGGUUACCUGCUGCCCCAAUACCAUCCGCCGCCCAAGGGCAUGGACGACGUUGUGAAGUACGUGAACAAGAAGAUCAGGGAGAAUGCUUCACCCGAAAAGGCGCAGGAACCUGGAAUGGUGCCUCAACGAGCUGGAGGAGGGCAAGAAUCACAGAUGACAAAGUGAGAAAUGACAGAAUAGGAAGGUGCAAGGUUCUGUGGAUGUUUGUGUUUAUGCGCGAGAGGAGAAAAAGGAUUCCCGAGUGCUCCUUCAGUGUGAGACCCUGGCUGCUCUGUUUCAGUUUUGCUCACUACAUGUCCCAGUUCUGGUUGAUAAAUUUUGCUCACUCCAAAGAUCAGCAUGGGAAUGAACCUUAUUGUCCUUUACAAGCGCACCUUACUAGCUUGUUGCGCAAAUUAAAUGUGAGAACCAAGCUGUGCCUGCACGAGUAAAUGGUCCCUGGCAAAUACAGCUCAAUAGCGCUGAA